CGCUAAAAAGAAAUUUUCCCUCCUUAUCUUUCUUUAAAUUCAAAAAUUACACCUUUAUUUAUUCAUUAAGAAACUUUCCAAACUCUUAAAAUGCCUCGCAAAUCGAAAGGAAAGUUUAAACCGCAACGAAUUAAUGUGAUGUCUAACUGUGGUGACGCGGAAAUAUUUCGAAAUUCUGCAGCAGUUUUGGAUGAUGUCGAUCCCUGUGAGUCAUUGAGAUACAUGAAAGAAAUAUUUAAAGACAAAUUCGAUGAAGAUGUGAUUGCUAUGAUAUUUUCCGAGUGUGCUUAUGAUGUAAACCAAGCUUACGAGACUCUGAUAUCACUGUCCAGCGAAGAUGAACCAAAGCAAGAGGCUGAAGCAAGUUCUCAGGUACUGGAGGAUGCGUCUAAAGGGGACAACUGUUCCGUAAGCACAGAUCAAGCUGGUAAGGCUGAAUCAUAUCCUAUCAGUGAGCAGUGUAGUUCCGGAAACUCGAAAUUGAAAGCGGAAAGCUCGGUUGUUACAAUAGUACAUGGGGGACAAACGUAUUACCAUCCACAGCUUGUUCCAAGUAAGGAUCAGGGGAUAGCUUCCAACCCUGUUAUAUAUCCAGAUGGUUCCAACUGGUCUUCCCAGCCAUUUUUUACGCCACCCGGUAGUUCAUAUCCUCUUCCUUCAGAAAAUGUGUGCUCAGACUCAAUUUCUUCAGCUUGUUUCUCAAGUCCCACCCCACAGUUUGUUACCCCAUUGUUACCGACUUCUAGUUAUAGAUUUGGGUCACUAUCACCCAAAGAACCUGGGUUUUUUGGGUCGUCUGUGAGGAACCUAUCGCCAUUUGGCUAUUCAAAAGUUGCUAGCAAAGGAAUAAAUAAUGCUCAUAGUAACAAUGUUUCUCCUAAAAGAACUGCAUCCCCAAGCUCAAAAAAGAAUAAAAAGAAUGACGAGUCUGCCAUUCUCAGUGCCAUAGAGAAAAUUCAAAAUGGCAUCUUGGUGAUGGUCAUCUUGAGGGGACUUCCGGGGAGUGGUAAAAGUACCUUGGCAAAGAGGCUUAAAUUUUCGGGUGUCUUAUUCAGCACUGAUGAUUAUUUCUAUAAUCGUGGUAAAUAUGUCUUUGAUGCUACCAAACUUUCGGAAGCUCAUGCGUGGAAUCGAAGACGAACUUUGAAAGCAUUACAGAAAGGAACUACUCCGAUUAUAAUUGAUAACACAAACGUCGAAGCGUGGGAGUUUGCGCCUUAUGUCGCAAUGGGUAAAAGGCAUCAGUAUGAUAUCUUGAUAUUGGAACCUAACACUCCUUGGAAAUUCAAAGUGCAUGAUUUAAGUAUAAGGAAUAAACAUGGUGUCCCUAAAGAAAAGAUUGCACACAUGAAAGAAAGAUACCAGCAUAAUGUAACAGUAGAAAAUAUUAUGAAAUCCAUUGAAUUUUCUAAUUUACAGACUGAAGAAUUAAUGGAAAAUCAGUUUUCGUUUUCUAAGAGUAAAAUGAUUGAUGAAAGAAAGGCAAAUUCUUCUCCUUUGAAAGUGCAGGUACAUCACUCACAAGAACAUUCAAAUUCAAUUAUCAUGAAUAAUGUCAUGGCCAAAACUCCCGAUUCAGCAAAUUUUGUAGGCGAACACAUUUUGGCGAAUAUUUCAGAAAAUUCUAAAUCAUCAUUUCUUCCAGAAGAUUAUGCUUCAAGUAAGAUUUUGAAAGAUGAUACUAAAAGUUCAGAUAUUGAUGGCAAUGUGAAACGUUCCCCUUGUAAGGAGAAUGGUUCGAGCAUUCUAGAAGAACUUGAGAAUCAAGUAUUAGGAGAAAAUGAAAAUGCAUAUAAUGAGGAUGAUAAUGCGCCUUCAUCAAUAAGUAACCUUGAUGAGUUAAGGGCUUUGAUUAGGGAAGACAGUGAAGACUCUCAGAGUCAAUCCACUUCGAGCCUAGACAUUUCAUGCUGGAAGUCCAUCACCGAACUCGAUGAUGAUUUCGAAUGGUCUACUGAAACUGAUAGUUUCAAAAAUGAUGAAAAUACAUCAGAAAUAACUAUCAAAUCUGAAGAAAUAGGUAUAAAUGAUUUAUCUGAAAAUGUUCAGGACAAACCACUUGCAAAAUUUGAAGAAAAGGACAUGAAUGUGUCGAUAAAAAAUUCCGGUUCGGAAGCUGUGGAAAAGAACAUGGUGAAAAUUGAGUCUGAUGUGCCAAAAAACCUAUCAAAAUUAUCAUCUGCAAAAAGAAAGAAAUUUAAAGCAGCUAGUCCAUUAAAAAUAGAAGAUUCUGUUAGUUUAGAAUCGAAUUCCUCCUGGGAAAAUAUUGAAGUUAAAGAUUUAAACAAAGAAAUAGAUCUCGGUAACGAAGCACAUUGCACUCCCAAGCCUCCUAGAAACAUAGAUGCAUCAAAAACUGAGAAUAAAAUCACGAAUUCUGAGAGCAGUUUCAAUUUGGACAGUUCUUCAGAAAAACCGUCCAAGAGCAGAUUAUGUGCAAAUUUCAAUCAGUCGUUAAAUCUCUCCCUGAAUGAGUGGCAGUUCCCGAAGUAUAAUUGGAGUGAUGUAAGCCCGGUGGAAUGCGAAAAGGAAAGUAGCGUCACUCAAAAAGACACGCAUUCAUCUCAAACAGAGCCUAAGGAUUUUGUCAUGGUUCAUAAAGCGUCUGUGGGGGAACCGGUGUCAGAAGAUUAUUUCAUCUUAGAAACUAAAUUAGAGUUCGAUGUGGACGACAGCAAGACUGAAUCUCUGGACCAACCAGAGAUUGUCGCCCAGAAUCCCACAUUCGAAAAGAGCACUUACACCGAAGACUUAUUGGAAGAUGUUGAAGUAAACGAGAAGCUGGCUCACCUUCAAGAAUGCUUUCCGGAUAUCUCCGAUGAAGAUUUGCUUCAUCUCCUGGAAGUCUGUCACAAUGAUGAUACAUGGUUGAGCAACUUGCUGUUGGAGUGGGGUUAUAAAUACAAUGUGAAGACACCAGUACAGACGCCCCAGAAGAUGAAACCCAUUGCCAAGAAAUCUUAUGAAAAUGAUAUAGAGCGGGAGCUCACAGAUGACGUGAUCGCAGUUGAAACUUCUCUCGUCGAAGUUGUUCCGGCCGUUGAUGACAAUGUCGUCUGUGAGAGUUCUGCUAAUAUUGGCCAGGAUGUACCUUUUGAGAAAUUGAGGUUUGUCUUGGAUCCUUCCUUUGCUGCUCAAUUGGAAGCCCUUUUUGGUCCAGUGAAAAAGCAGAGUCAAAAAAAUUGUCGAUCUGCUGCUGAUCGUGUUGUUGAAAUUGAUUUAAGCUUCGCAGAGCUUAUCUAUAAAAACUGGAAGGAGACGGUUCUUUCUAGAGAAAAGUUGCAACGCUGCAGUGGAGUGCAAGCUCCAACGGAGUCAUCGUCCGCUGUCCCCUUCAAAGCAGACGCUGUGGACAUUGCCAUGAAGGAAAGAGACAGCAAUGAACCGUUGCCUCUGUCUGAAAUAAUGGAUAUGGAAUAUGCUCUUCAGAUUCACAGGAAAGAAAAGCUGCAGAGAGAUACAGAUUUUUCCACAAAGUUGAAGAGAUUGGAGCUCUACGACCUUUUUCCAGGUGCUGAUCCACUGGCAUUAGAUGAAAUAUUUGAGCACAAUAAUUUCAAUUUGAAGGAUACUGUGACUGCUCUGGACCUGGAUUUCGAUCAACCAAACACAGAAGUUCAAGAUAAAACAAUAAAGAAAAUGGACGAGUGCUUGGAAAAAUGGCGCCAAAAUGAUGUUUUCAGAGAAUUUGCCCUUGGUGACUGGAGCGACUGGGUAUUCAAAGAAAACAGCUUGGACUCGAUGGAAGACAUCGCCUUUUCUGACGUCCCUCCUUCCAUGCCCCCUGAAGCAGCAGAGCUGAGAGAAAUAGCCACCCACCACUAUCAUCAGCGCCAGGAGUGCAUCAAGAAAGCACAGGCUGCUUAUUGCAAGGGAAUGAAGGAUGUUGCUUCUUUCUAUGCGCAACAGGGAGAUGAGCAUGGACAGAAAUUAAAGGAAGCUAAUAAAAGGGCAUCAGAGGUGAUAUCAAAGCAAAGGAGCAAUGGCUCAUCUCUGGUCCUGGACCUGCAUGGCCUGUAUGUACAGGAGGCCAUCCCUGCCCUGGAAAAGUUCCUCAGGGACCGUAAGCUGGAGUUGAGGAGGAGGCAGCAGACAACCCCUCAGGUUGUGUCUGUCAUCACAGGCCAGGGCAUUCACAGCAUGCGCGGCCCCAAAAUUCUUCCGUCCGUCAUCGCUUUCCUCAAGAAGGCUGGAUAUGGAUUUAAUGAAAGCAAUCGGGGAAUGCUGGAAAUCACUCUCAUGCCUGACUGA